GUGUAUGUGUUGUCCUGAUCAACACGACUUUCCAUGAUCACACCCGGAACAUAUAUAUAACCGGUCGACACAGCUUACCGAUAGAACAGGCAUGUGUACUGUGUAGACAUGUUUGUUCAUUUAUUGAUUGUAUCAGUUGUUUGUUGUUUGGGAAUUUAUCUUUUUAUGCAUUUUCGAAGAUCAAAAAUCUUAGAACCACGUGGAAAAGUUGUUUUUAUCACAGGAUGUGAUACAGGGUUUGGUAAUCUGCUGGCCCGGCGUCUCGACGUCCUAGGGUUUGUGGUGUUGGCUGGCUGUUUGGACGCCAAUAGUCAAGGCGCCAGGGCACUGGUAAGGGAGACGUCCCGUGUGCAGACUGUCCAGGUUGACGUCACGAGUGACCAUCAGGUACAAGCGGCAUUGGAAAUUGUAACCGUCAGGACACAAGAACAAGGUGGACUGUGGAGCCUGAUUAAUAACGCGGGAAUUGCGGUUUUCACAGAGUGUGAAUGGUGCCCAAUGGACACGUACCGGCGGUCACUAGAGGUCAACCUGGUUGGGACCAUACGAGUGACCAAAGCUUUCCUACCACUUGUCAGGCAGACACGAGGACGGGUGGUCAAUGUCGCCAGUUUAGCAGGGCGUGUUGGCCUCCCGGGGUUUACUGCUUACUCUGCUACAAAACAUGGCGUGGUUGGAUUCUCCGACUGUCUUCGGCGUGAAAUGGUCAAGUUCAAGGUGAAUGUGGUGACCAUUGAGCCUAACAUGUACAGGACGCCAAUGGCGGAGCGUUCAAUGCAGCUGGGCCAAGCAGAGCAGUCUUGGGCCACAACUCCACAACAUAUCCGGGACGACUACGGCGAGCAAUACUUCCACACGUUCCAUGCCACGCUCAAGACACACCUAUCAUUUUCCUCAAAGCGGAUACACGAGGUCAUAGACUGUCUUGAGCACGCUGUCAUAGCACGGCACCCCAAAAGUCGGUACGUCCCAGGCCGAACCAUGUGCCUUCUCAGCAACUUGUUCGGUGCCCUACCUAACUGUAUACAGGACGUUGCCGUCAUAGCCGCAAUGAAGGCCAAUGUCAGACCGCAGUGUAUGGACUGAUGAAUAUGUAAUAACCUACAAUGUAGUUAUGGCAUGAUGAACAAGGUCAAGUCACGGAGUAUGGACUGAUGAGUCGUGAUGACCAAUGUCAGAACUGACGGACAAUGUCCAGCCAUUAUGUGUACGUGUAACUUAUGGUUAAUGUAGGCCAAAGAGUAUGGACUGAUGGGCGGUUGAGUGCUACAAUGCACGAGCCUAGGGACAUUGACAGGCCUGAUUGAAGGUAGUAGAGGCAGCAACAGGCUGGUGUUAUAUGAAGCCACAGAAGCAAUACAAGUGAUGUGCAAGGGAGAGCAUAGUCCGAAUUAUUCUGACGUUUUAUCGACUUUUGUUUAUAUCGGUCUGUCGUCGAUUAACGUCAGACCUCCGGC